AUGCCAAUUCAUCUGUACGCUGAGCACUUGGUCAAUAUACGCACCCUCUCCAUCCAAGCUUCGCUCUCAACCGCAACAAAUCAGGAAACAAGAGCCGUACUCGCAGCUGAUGGUACACAACUAUCUCUCUCCCACGAGGGUGAAAAUGCUGCGAUAGAAUUGCCCAUUCGUGUUCCAGGCGGCCAAAGCAAAGCGACGUUUGUUCUCCCGCCGGUGCCUACCAAGGAGAUCAGCUUUCGGUUUCAACUCGAGGAAAAGCCAGGGAGCACUUUCCUGCGCGGCAGCAACGAUCACGAAACUGACGACAUUGUGCCAUGGACCGCCGUCUCUCUUACCGCAGACUCAGAAAUCCGUUGCGAAUCUUGCAGAUCUAUCAUAGUAUCGCGCGGCAAGGUCAAAGUAUGGAAAGAUCUUCCAUCGGAGAAUUGGGCAGAAAUGAUGGACUUCUGGCAUUGCCAUCGCCCAGAUGUCCCACACGAUCAUGACCACAAAACUCCAGUCAAGGGCUAUUCAGCGGAUAGUAGACUUGUAAUACAGCCUGGAGUUGGCAUGGUGGAUCCUGUGGACUUUGUGCUCGCAGUCGAAGACUGCCAAAACUUAACGACUGUCCCGUCCCAUACAUCAACCGCAGAAGAUAAGGAUGAGGUCUCUGUCUCUCUGAAUUGCAGCAAUUGUAGUGCCUCAAUCGGGCAGGUUCACACCAGCAGCGAAGGUUACAAGCUCCGCAAACUCGCACUCUCUCUAUCGCUUUCCCGAGAGUCGCCCACCCAAUCCUUCGUACCGGAAAAAUGGCUAGCCUGCCAUCUCCUCUCCAGCAUCGAAACACAAGGCGUGCGAAAAUUCCUGAUACGGUCGCCCUUCGACUCCAAGGACGCUUCAUCAUCAAUUAGAGUGUGGAUCUUCAACCCGGACAUCAACAUCUCGUCAUCAGCGGCACCGCAGCCGAGACCAUUACGUGCAGUGAAGAUAUUCUGGAAGGAUGCAGGGCCACAACAGUCUUCUAAUCGAGAUGGAGAGCAAUUGAACGAUAAUGAAGGUAGACUAGACCGGCAGACGCUUUCUGAGGGAGAAAUUGAGCUGCCUGCAGUCGAGCUGAAAGUGCUCAGAGAGGCGUUCGUUAAAAGUGGGGAUCUCUUACCAGAAGGAUCAAAAAUGUUCCAGCAUGAAUGGAGGGUUGCAUUGCUGCCACGAUUUGUUCAGGCGGACGUGGAAAGUAAGAAGGGAGUGGAUAUGCCUUUGAGGUAG